UACAUAAUUUCCAACCCUAAGUAAAACCUAAUGCAUAAUCGAUCUCCGAGGUUUUAGAGAGGUUGAUUGGCUACUAUACAAAAUAGUACUAGAGACACAGAAACUCCCAGUACGUGUUUUUGAAGUGAGAGUGGCCGGAAGCGAUGGAGGGUUUAGCCAGGAGAGUGAUGGUGGUGGCGGUGGUGGUGCUGAUGGUGAUGGGGUGGCAAACGUGCGCGGUGGCGCGGCUAAUCACAGUGGGAGGGUCUCAUGGAUGGAAUCAGAACGUAAACUACACUGAAUGGUCCACUGAUCAUCAGCAUCUACACGUUGGCGAUUGGCUCUAUUUCAUCUUCGACAAGCACCACUACAAUGUUCUGGAGGUGAACAAGACAAGCUAUGAGAAGUGCAAUGACCAAGGCUUCAUAAGAAACAUCACAAGGGGCGGCAGAGAUGUGUUUCAACUGACAGAGGCAAGGCCAUAUUACUUCCUAUCCAGUGGAGGCUACUGCUAUAAUGGCAUGAGAGUUGCUGUGUAUGUGGAAGUCGAAGCUUCAGAAACUCCGGCACCUGCUCCGGCCAAAAAUGGUUCUCCUCCACCGCGUGCCCUCAACCCAAUGAUUCUCUCGGCCAUCAUGACUUUUGUAUUGGCCAUCCUACUCAAACCAGCAGUUGAUUGAUAUAUAUACUUUGCCAUUGAAAGAAAUCAUAUCAGUGAUUAUACAUUUGGUGUCAGCAUAGAGUGAUCAUCAUAUCAACAGUUUGCCUUUUGGACAAAUGAAAGGAUUCACUUAGAAAAUGAGAGAACAUGAUGAUCUGUUGAGUUUUUCCUUUGAAUUUUGAAUUGGCAUGUAAAAUGCAUUGAAACAGUAGUUUUAUAAUGUUAAGUU